GUUUCACGCUAGCGUCCGUUAAAAAUGCCGAUCACAAUAUACAAAACGGACGGAAGUCCUCCUGCUCGGGCAGCCUUAAUGAUUAUUGAGCUCCUUGGAUUAAAAGUGGAGAAAUCUGAAGUAAUGCCCCUAACAGGAGACCAUCUGAAGCCAGAAUUUGUACAGAAGAACCCAGUCCAUACUAUUCCUUUCUUAGAAGAUGGUGAUUUCAAGCUUGCGGACAGCCAUGCUAUUUUAACUUAUUUAGUGUCGAAAUACGGAGCGGAGAAGAAAGCUCAAUUGUAUCCUUGCGAUCUGGAAAAGAGGGCCACAGUUGAUCAGCGAAUGUAUAUGGAAGCUACGCUUGUCUUUCCCAAGAUUCGUGAGAUAAUAGCAACAUUGUUCAGAGAAAAGAAGAAGGUUCCAACUGAAGCACAAGUUGAGGCGACAAAUGAAGUGUACGGUAUUCUGGAUAAAUACCUAGAGCAAACUAAAUUCAUCGCUGCUGAUCAUUUGACGGUGGCAGAUAUUUCGUUGGUAUCUUCCAUUUCAUCUCUCGAAGGAAUAUUGCCCGUUGAUAAGUUCCCAAAGCUGUCGGAGUGGCUAGAAACAAUGAAGCAAUACGACUGGUACCAGACCGCUAAUGCAUCAGGUGCCAAAACAUUUUCCGACUUCGUGAAGCAGAAAAGUGACGCACUGUAAGGUGAUUCUGUUUAUAAAAAUUGGUGUAUUG